UCUGCUCCUUGAAGGCUCCCAACAGGUGGACGUCAUCGAGGGCUGCCAGUGCAAGGCGAGCCCACCUGAAUGCCUCCGGCUGCCCUCCCUGAAAACCUUCUUUCCAAACUCCCCCUGGAACAGACAGUGGACGUCAGGAAGUGUUCCAGUCCGUUGCAUCCCAAAGAGGGGCUUUUCUGCCUGCCGACGGGUUUUGACUCGGUUCUGCUGAGGACGCCGAACGGGCGCCAGGCGGUCCAGACAUUGGACAGCUGCAACCUGAGAGAGUCCUGUUACCGGAUCUCCCACGUGAAGCACCACUUCGAAAUCGUCUUCGACGCUGCGGGGGAAAAGGUGGCACUCCUUAAGGAAAUUGAUGUGGGCCGGUGCUCAGGGCAAUGUGUCUCUGGAAGAAGCCAGUGCCUGCUAAGACCCUCCUCUUCUGGCCAUCUGGGGGCAGGCAGCUCCAAGGACACGAGGGCCCAGGCCCUCAAGAAACUGCUGGAAGUUUUUGGCAUCGAAGACCCUCCUCAGUCCCCACAGCGCAUCAAGCAGCCCCCACAGUAUAUGGUGGACCUCUACAACACUGUGGCCGGGGAUGACGGCAUCACCAAAGACCCAGGCAUCUUGGAGGGCAACACAGUGCGCAGCUUUUUGGAUAAAACUCACAGCAGCCAGAUGCACUUCCUCUUCGUCCUCUCCAGCGUGGCGAAGAACGAGCAGGUCCUGACAGCCGAACUUCACCUCUUCAAACUGCGGGCAAAGGUGGCAGAGGGCGGUGUCCCCAGGAGGCAGCACUUCUGCCAGGUGAGCAUCUAUCAGGUCCUGAACCAGGAGAAUCUGGAUUCCCCGGGAGGCAAGAAGCUGCUCUCGGCCAGGCUCCUGGCCGUCCAGGGGUACGGCUGGGAGGUCUUUGCCAUCACACAAGCCGUCCGCUCCUGGACGGAAGAAGAGAGCAGCAACCAGGGACUCUUGGUGACCGUGCAGGCUCUGGGCAGGGCUCCCCUAGACGAUGGUGCCGUCCAGUUUGCUUCCGGCAGGGAUCAUCAUGAGAGCAAGAAGCCCAUGCUGGUUUUAUUCACCGAUGACGGGCGCCGAGGGGCUCAGCUGCCCACCAACGCCUUCUUAGAUCUAUCCCACCCGAAUGCGGCCCUUCCUGAGCACCUCACAGGCCCCAAAUCCAACAGGACCCGGACCCCUCGAUCGGCUGACAGCCAGCUGCCCUGCCAGAGGCUUCCGCUGUCUGUGGACUUCGAGGAAAUCGGCUGGUCUGGUUGGAUUAUAUCUCCCCGGGGGUACAACGCCUACCACUGCAAGGGUUCCUGCCCCUUCCCGUUGGGGGAGAAUAUGAGGCCGACCAACCACGCCACCGUCCAGUCCAUCAUCAAUGCCUUGAAGCUCAGCCAGGACGUGAGCGGGCCUUGCUGCGUCCCGGACAAGCUGUUCUCCAUCAACCUGCUGUAUUUCGACGACGACGAAAACGUGGUGCUCAAGCAGUACGAUGACAUGGUGGCCGGGAGCUGCGGCUGCCAUUGAAACGCGGGGCGCCGCCUUCGCCGUUGCAUCCCCUUCUGCAGGGAAGAGGCUGCAUGCUGCUUGUCCCAGAGACAUGCGGCCAAGCUAAAAUUCAGUGUUUUGUUUGUUUCUGAGUGCGUAAAUCGGAAGCGUUUCCAGCCCAAGGGGCGCAUUCUCUUCUGGGGGCCACGUGCCAGCAGUGAGCAGGGCCACAGGUAGUCGUGGGCAGGGCAAUGGAUGUAAACUUUACCUUUGUACAGUAGGCUAGUUUUUAUGACACUCGUCUCUAUCCCCCAUCCAAGCAAGCAAGAGUCAUUAUCUCAGUUCCAGGGCAUAUUCCAGCCAGGCGUAAACAUUCAAAAGAGGGUGAGGGGCCUAGAAUGGGCCACCUAGAAAGAGUCCCGGGGGGCAGACCUGAUGUUCCCCGUCUUUGCUGUAAAUGUGCAUCACCCAAUUCCCCCCCUGCCAUCUCUCAGCCUGCUUCCUCGUGAGCCGUCCCACUCGCUGUGGCUCAUCAACUGUGGCCACCACCUUAACCCCACCAAAGGGUGCUCAACUCGUUGCAAAGGCAGGCAGCGCUAUUUUGCAAGCCUGAUUCAGACCAGCCAUUGCUGGCUCCUGUAGCCUUGUUCUUCUAAGCUUCUAGAGAAAGCUUAAGAGUUAAGUGUCUUGCAUAUUCAUAAAUCUGCCAGUGAAUGAAAUUAUAUUUUGGGGGGAGGGGAUGAGGGAGACAGUAAUGACAGAUUGACCUGUAAACCCUUUGCAAAAUGUAAUCUCAAGCCAAAGGACCCUUUUGCGAUAGAAUGUACUAUACCAGUGCUUCCCAAAAUGUGGCCUGUAUACCACCAAUAGUUCACGAGCUUCAUUCUAGCGGGUCUGUGGCAUGUCUGCGGAUUUUUGGUUGAAGACAGGAGACUGCACAUCCGUGGCAUGGAAAAUCCCUCCUGAUUUUUAAUGGUAUCUUUAUUGCUCCUUUUCUCUCCCCCCCCUUGUGUUUUCUGGUACUACAGUUUGAACCCUAAGGGAUGCAACUUGUCACAUAUGAAAAUACAAUGCAAGAAAGAUAGGAUCUCAGUCUUCAGUGGCCUAGGGAAGUGGUGGGCUCUCCAACCCCAGAGGCAUUCAAGAGGCAGCUGGACAGCCACUUGUCGGGGAUGCUUUAAGUUGGAUUCCUACACUGAGCUGGACUCGAUGGCUUUAUAGGCCCCUUCCAACUCUACCGUUCUAUAAUUUUUUUGUUCUGUGAAAGAAAAGUAGCAACGAAAAUACAAUAAAAAAUGAACAGCACCUAACACAGCGCAUUACAAUUCCUACAACAGGCAGAAAAAUCAUGAAGGGGUCUGCUAAGAUCCUCUGCAAUUUUCAAUGGGUCGGUGGGAAGAAAAAGGUUUGGGAACCACUGUACUAUACUGUAAAUAUCUAAAGUGUUAAUAUAUAUGUGUGUAUAUACGGAUAGGGUUUGCACCCAGCUAAGUCAAACUCGGAGUAGACCAGUUGACAUCAAGGGAAGUAAGCUACUCACACCCAUUGUGUAAACGUUCUAUUCUUGAGAAUGACUUGCAUACAACUCAUUUCUUGGACAGCCCCUGUACAGGGGAACCUGUAAAUAUUUGUAAAAGGACUUCUGUUGUUAUCGUUAUUAUUUGGCUAUGUAUCACCCUACAAAUGGACUGUGUAAAUAUUAAAAA